AAGAACGAUUGGUUGUGUCUGAACUGCCAAACUCAACGGCUGUUAGAGGGAAGUUUAGGGGAUGUUCCACCUUCACUCCUACCACCCUCCAAGCAAGGCUCGCCACGCCACCAGCCAGGAGUUACCCCGACAGGAUCUCCCAAGCAUCUUCCAGGAGCAAUAUCUACAGGUUCACCAAGGCACCAGCCAGCACCAAGCCAGACUGCAUCCCCUCUCCACCAGAGAGCAGGACCCACCGCAUCUCCCCAGCAUCAUGGAGGACCCACCGCAUCUCCCCAGCAUCAAAGAGGACCCACCGCAUCUCCCCAGCAUCAAGGAGGACCCACCGCAUCUCUCCAGCAUCAAGGAGGACCCAACGCAUCUCCCCAGCAUCAAGGAGGCCCCACUGCGGACAAGCGAGUUCCUCAGCCCAGCCAACCGAAGAGCUCAGAACAAGUCAAAACCCAGCUGGGGACUGACGAGAGAAAAGCCCCGGAGGACACUUCGCAGCACUGGACCCAUCCAGAGUUUCAAAAGGUGUCAAAGCAGACGGUGCCAAAGAGUAAAAGCGUCAGCGGCAAAAAAGACGCCAUUUCCAGGAAUGGGAAGUCAUCAUCUGAAAUUCAGAAAGUCAAAGAUCAAGAGGAUAUCAGUAAGCCUUAUUCCCAUGACUUGUCCCGCAGCCCUCAAAGUCUCAGUGACACCGGAUACUCUUCUGAUGGAAUCUCCAGCUCUCAGAGUGAAAUCGCAGGACUGCUAGAACAAGAGGAAGAGAAACUUAACACCACCGGCAUCUCUCAGCGCAGCCCACCCAGCCCGUCCGAACUCACCAAGCUGGAGAGCUCUGUCCGGCCCCUGCUGGAAUCAAAGAGCGACAACGGGAAGUUGUUCCAUAGCUUACGGGAAGAUCAAAAGCAGAGGCCCAAGUCGCUAACUAUUACGCCUGAGGCCUUCGACUCAGAUGAGGAGCUGGAAGACAUCCUGGAAGAAGACGAAGACUCCCUGGAAUGGGAAAACCAGCGAGGGCACCGAGAGUGCGUAGAUUCAUCGGAUGAUUUUGGCAGCAAGCUGCGUCAUGAUUACGUGGAAGACAGUAGUGAAGGUUUCUCCCCGUUACCAACAAGGCAACCUCAAGGAAACCUCACCGAUGAAGAGUUUAUGAGAAGGCAGCUCUUAGAAAUGAGUGCAGAAGAAGACAAUCUCGAGGAUGAAGACGAAGAAUAUAACCAUAGCAAGUACAGCGGUGGUAAGAACGGACACAAAGCAGAGUCAGAGAAAUCCAAAGGUACCUCAAAGAGAUCUAUUGGGUACAAUUCAUCAAACUUAUAUGACGAGAAUGGGAAAGGUAUAGAGGUAGAAGAUGAAGAUAUGACUGCAUCUCAAGGAGGACUCCGACGCUUCAAGACUAUUGAAUUGAACAGCACCAACAACUACAACCGAGACAUGGACCUCGAGCAUGAGACGGACAUCAGUUUAGACAGAGAACCCGAAUUAGAGAUGGAAAGUCUGACUGGAUCCCCAGAAGAAAGGUCUAGGGGAGAGUACUCGUCCACAUUACCGGCAACAACUCCAAGUUACACCAGUGGAACAUCACCCACAUCGUUAUCAUCCCUUGAAGAAGAUAGUGACAGCAGCCCCAGUCGAAGGCAGAGGCUGGAGGAAGUGAAGCAGCAAAGGAAGGCUCGGCAUCGCUCACAUGGUCCUUUGCUGCCUACAAUUGAGGACUCCUCAGAAGAAGAAGAACUGAGAGAGGAAGAAGAGCUCCUCAGAGAACAGGAAAAAAUGAGAGAAGUAGAGCAACAAAGAAUUCGAAGCACUGCGCGCAAGACCAAAAGAGACAAGGAAGAACUGCGAGCACAAAGAAGAAGAGAACGGUCAAAAACCCCCCCCAGCAACCUAUCUCCCAUCGAAGACGCCUCGCCCACUGAAGAAAUGAGGCAAGCAGCAGAGAUGGAAGAACUGCACAGGUCGUCUUGUUCAGAAUAUUCACCAUCUAUUGACUCUGAGGCAGAGGGAUUCGAGAUAAUGGCUUCCAAGCUGUACAAGUCAGGGAGCGAAUACAAUUUACCUACCUUCAUGUCUCUGUACUCACCAACGGAGAAGACCGGCUGCGGAAACAAGCCACUGAAGAGUGCCGAAGAGGUCUACGAGGAGAUGAUGAGAAAAGCGGAAAUGUUUCAGAAACAGCAGCAACCGCAACAGAAUGUGAUGUAUGGGAACAGCUAUCAGCAGGUUGGCUAUGUGGGCACGGAAAGCCAGAACAACUUUGAGUACCAGUAUAUUGAUGACUACGGCUAUGACGGUGACAGAAUCGGUUCGACGCAAAAUGACUACCACCUGGACAUGGCAACCUCUGGCACAGUGUACGACGAGAUUUUACAGACAUCUCAGAAUAUCUCACGGAUGCACCAGUCAUCGAUUGACUUCUCCAUACAAGAUAAUAAGAAGACAGAGGCCAACACUGAAAAACAAUUUCUCAAUGCGGAGAAUGCAUAUAAUGAAAUGAUGAAGCAAGCGAGUGGUCCCCUUACUCCUGGAACAAGUCCCACCCAGCUGUCUGCACCGGUUUCCUUUUCGUCUUCCGAAAGCAGCUCGGGAAGGGUCAUACCCGACGUGCGCGUUACACAGCACUUCUCUAAAGAUGGACAUGACCAGGCAAAGCUCCACAGUUCCUCUACUGUACCCACCUCAAAGACAACGAUGUCAUCGCACCAGUACGGCAAAGUGCCCGUGGCUGCCACUUCUACUGCAAGUACUGAGGUCUCAUCCACUUCACCUUCUCACCGGAGCUACUCGCAAAGCAGAGGAACUCCUGACUACGGCUCCAAUGAAGAACAAUAUAGAAACAGAAUGGCUGCAGAUGCUAACAUAUCAUCAAGAGAUAACGCACAGAAUGUGGGGACGAAUGUGUCACUGACAUCAAAAGUUAUUUCUUUUUUUAAGACUUCUAGCCCCCCACUUUCCCCGACCUCCCCCACACAAAGUCCAACCCGUUCAUCUCCAAGAAUAAGUAUGUCAACGGGAAGCAAAGAUACUGCAGAAUUUUCAUCUCAGACUCAAAGCGUGCACAGGACUGAUAUAAGCGGGCCCUCCUCCGGUGGCUCCUCCCCUAUGGUAGCUCAUGGCACACAGACACCCGAACGUACUAGGUCACCGCGUCUGUCUAGGCAGCAAUCUUCCCAAGAAUCUCCAUUUAUGGUUAUUACACUAGCGUCAGAUUCAUCUAGCCAAACUAGGCCCAAGAGUGUUAGUUCCUCUACCUCACCAGUCACAUCCCCUACCAGACUGAACCGUCAGCAAACCAUUCACAGCUACAGCCAGACAUCAGCUAGUAGUUCCCAAUCCCAGCAAGAACAAAUGCAGCCCAGCUACAGUAAGGCACACACAGUUGUAGAAAGAGCUCCUCCCGCUUUGGCCAUGCAUACAGUUGCUAAAGGACAGCCAUCAGCAAUGGUAGAUAGUUCAUCCAACACUUAUAACUGGGGUCCUUUGCCACCCGAGAAUAUCUCCUUAUGCAGGAUAUCUUCUGUACCCGGAACAUCAAGGGUUGAGCCUGGGCCAAAGCCUAGUAGCAGUGCUGUUGAUUUACGAACUGCAAUGAAGUCCGCACCAGUCAUCAUGACCGACCAGGGCAUGGAUCUUACAUCUUUGGCUUCAGAAACAAGACGAUACUCUCUAACCAUGGACCAAUCUCCGACACGGCAGACCACAGCUGUGCAGCCGUUAACCGUCAACCUGAACGCCCAAGAACAACCACACGCCGUUAUCGGCACGGCCACAACUGUCAGCAUAACUGUGGCAACCUCCAUGAUUGUAUCGCAGCCAAAGCAGCCUGUAGUAUAUGGGGAUCCUUUCCAGAAUAGGGUGGACUUUGGUCAGGGCACUGGAAGUGCAGUGUGCUUGACACAAGUCAGGCACCCGGAACAAACGGCACAGCCUGGCAUGAGGGCCGGAGUGAAUAGUGCUGGCACUGCAGCACCUGUCGGAAAGCCAGAAGAGAUGAAUAAUAUGCAGAAGGAUAUAUUUGCCAGAUAUAAUCUUCCAAGUCAGGUAACAUCAGUGGUUAAACGAGAUAUCGUUUCGCAGACCGGUAAUGUUCAGAACAUUGCUAAUAUCAGUGCCAUGCCCAGGCAAUACCACCAGGAGCAGACCAUGGGUUAUCCUGAAGUGUAUAAGGGUGCUCCAGAGCCUAAAGUACAACAUCCACCAGUGAACGUCGCUGGAGCCCAACCUCACACCAUGAUGGUACAGCUGGAUGAGAUGGCAUCUAACACAGUUACAAAACUUGUGAAAGGAGAACAGCCGUCAAAUGCUUUGGACCUUACAAACGUAAAACCCGAAAGCCAGGUGGUGUGCUGUGAUGUGGUCUACAAGUUUCCCUUUGGUGGAAGUUGUGCUGGUGCAUAUAAUCCUAAAGUAGCAGAACAAAGUGCAGAACCAGCUCAAGCAGUCGUCAGGCCCGGGGCUCAGUUCUAUGGGCAGACAGAACAAGAGCUUCUGGAUAACUAUCACUACAGAGAGUCCAAACCAAUGCCACCGGCGCAGCCAGCACCCGCUGCGUCCACUCAGAAUAUAUACGGAGAGCAAAAAUGUUACCCUUACGGCCCUACGGGAAGGCUACAUUCCUCUAUGUCAGAGACCAAUCUCUCAGAAAUCGGCUUAUAUAAUCCCUACCAAGCCGGCGGCGGAGAGAGUGCAAUGGACCUAUCUACCAUGAAAAGCUCCUACAACAUGAACUUCUCCGAUGGCAACUACCAGGGAAUGCAGUAUGGGUCCUUUACAGACUUACGCCAGCCCACAGAUUUAUUUAAUAACUCGUUACCUAUGAGACGGUACAGUUCAAUGUCUAAUAUAUAUUCCGACUACAGGUAUGCCUCUAGAGACCUGUCUAAUUUUCAAGAGGCUAGCCUUGCUCAGUAUAGUGCCACAACCGCUAGAGAGAUCAGCAGGAUGUGUGCAGCCUUAAAUUCUAUGGAUCAUUAUGGGGGUCGGCAUGUAAACAGUGCAGAUAUUCUGCAGUAUGGCCCCAGCACAUUAGGCACAGGGCCUGCGGGAAACAUGGCGCAUAGUCAGCAAGGAAUUGCAGCUCUUAGGCAGAACAUGAUGUACAGUCCCCAUUUCCAAGAUACACGCCAAGGCUUUGGAGGUUUAGGACAGUUUAAUGUUGCCCGGUCUGCAGCCAUUAGACAGAUGUACCCAUCUCCCGGCACUGUCAGAGCUGCCGAUGGCAUGAUUUACUCAACAAUAAAUACACCCAUUGCUUCCACCCUUCCAAUCACCACCCAGCCUGCGCCCGUACUACGGCCAAUGAUGAGAGGUUUGUACAGACCAUAUGGUCCAGGGAACAUCACAGCCGUGCCGCUGGCGAGCCUGACUAGAGUGCCGCUUGUGGCUCCAAGGAUGGCACUAGGAGCGCAAUCGGUGUAUCGUCACCCCGGCGUAAGUAGAUUUCCACCUGCUUCUGCAGCACCAGCGACCGACACUCCUGUUUAUUUGGGAAAAUCCGCCAGCACUUUUGCAACAACGACUACCACAUGUACAUUUACUACAAGUACAGUGUCAUCUCUCCCCGCUUCAAACACACCUACAACCACCGUCGCGGCCUCGACUGCACGCGCAGAACCUGCAACGGCUGCAACCUCCGAGGAGCAUCUUGCCGGCUCCUCUGCAAUGCAGGCGAUUCCUAAGGAUGCUGGUCAGCAGCCUGGCAGCCAGAAGCCAACCCCAGAAAGCCAGCCAAGCAGGGCGGCUAGUAAAGUCCCAAACGAAAAAGACGAGAAAGAGAAAGAAGAGGAGCGACAGAGGAAACAGCAAGAACAUCUGCUUCAGAUCGAGAGGGAAAGAGUGGAAUUAGAGGCCCUGAGACAAAUGCGUUUACACGAAGAGCUGGAACGGGAGCGCUUAGAACUGCAACGGCACAGAGAAAAGGAGCAGAUGCUUGUCCAGAGGGAGCUGCAGGAGCUGCAGUCCAUCAAGCAUCAUGUUUUGCAGCAGCAGCAGGAAGAUCGGCAAGCGCAGUUCGUUAUGCAGCGAGAGCAGCUGGCCCAGCAAAGGUUGCAGCUUGAUCAGAUUCAGCAGCUACAGCAGCAACUUCAGCAACAACUGGAGGAACAGAAAAAACAAAAGGCUGCUCCUCCCCCAGCCACUGAGCAGCCGGCAAGGCCGCCAGCCCAGACAGCAGCUGAGAUUGCAAUCGAAAUGCAAAGAACCCUAGCACAAAGUGGGCAGUAUUGGCCACCGAUAAACCCUCCUUUUAUUGCAGUUGCACCGACUGCGCCCGAUGUGCAGGGGCAACCACGAUACCCUGGACCUCAGAGGCCACUGACUAACUCUGCUUCAGAGAUGUCUCUUCAAACGGAGGAGCAGUGGGAAGUGAACAGAACCAUUAAGAAGAGGAACUCCAUGCCUAGACUAAGGGAUGCUUAUAACGCUGAUGACGGUCACGAGCCGUACAUUGUAAAGAAGAUAACAGACAGCAGCGUCCAGACCGAUGACGAGGACGGAGAAGAGAGAUUUUACAUGUCGCGACGUCGAAGAACGAAAAGGAGCACCGACUGCAGCGUUCAAACAGAUGACGAAGACAACGCAGACUGGGAGCAGCCGGUCCGAAGACGCAGGUCCAGAUUCUCACGCCAUUCUGACUCCAGCUCAGACAGCAAGCAUGAUUCCAAAGGGAUGUCAAGCAUUGCCAUCCAGACCAUCAGCGAUUGCUCAGUGCAAACCGAGCCAGACCAGUUCCAGAGAGUUUCCCCGUCCAUACAUAUCACUACUGCAGAUCCCAAAGUGGAGAUUGUGAAAUAUAUAUCUGCUCCAGAGAAGACACGUCGAGGGGAGAGCUUGGCCUGCCAAACAGAGCCAGAAACUCAAUCCCAUGGCAUUGUGGUACCACAGCUGAGUGUUCCUACAACAAUAACGCCGUAUUCCUCCCAUAUCCAGACUGGGCCCUUAGACGCUAAUAUGGCAAGACAACAUGGAGCCGCAAAGUUUGAGAAGAAGAAACCUGAUCCCCUGGAGAUUGGUUAUCAGUCUCAUCUUCCCACAGACACACUCUCCCAGCUAGUUCACAGACAGCCUCCCAAGUCCCCCCAAGUCCUCUAUUCACCAGUGUCUCCUCUCUCGCCUCACAGACUUCUGGAGUCUACAUUUGCUUCUAGUGAGAGACUCAACAAAGCUCACGUCACCCCCCAGAAACAUUUCACGGCUGAAAGCACCCAACGGCAGCAGAUACUUCCCCGUCCAAUCAAAAGCAUGCAAAGAUCCUUGUCAGAUCCAAAACCCAUCAGCCCCACCUCUGAGGAGUCUGCCAAGGACAGAUUCUCUAUGUAUCAUCAACAUUUACUGCAAGGUGCCCAGAUUUCAGCUUUCCAGCCAAACAGUUUGACACGCAAAGUGAAGCGGACUCUACCCAGUCCACCUCCUGACGAAGCCCAUCUUCCUCUCACCACAAGUCAGGCGCACACCCAAAUGUACAUGCCGAAUAUCACACAGAAGAUGACAGGAGGAGGGCAAGCAUUUCAGCUGCCAAAAGUUGGUUUCAUGAAAACCCUUGACCAUGACUUGAGGAUUGUAGAGCAAGAAUCGACAAAACUUCGCAAGCAGCAAGCAGAGCUGGAGGAAGAGGAGAAGGAGAUUGAUGCUAAGCUGAAAUAUCUAGAACUUGGUAUCACUCAGAGAAAGGAGUCUGUGGUGAAAGAUGUGGGUGGUGGAAGAGAUGUCUCUUACCUCAGAUCUAUGGGUGAGAACAGGGAGUACAUGUCAGACAGUGAACUCAACAAUAUUCGCAUUUCUGGCUAUGACCACAACAGCCUUUUGAAUAGGCCAGGCCCUGCCCCUCAAUAUUCAGAGUUACAGAAUUCACAGCAGUUUCAAACAUCAACUUCCCCUUAUCUAUCCAACACUUACCAGUACACUACCGGCCAAACGGUCACCCCAGUCACCACCUCUUUCCAGCAAACCAGGUUUGAGCAACCCCAAUAUCCUGUAUCUAGUAAUGGUCCAUCUCAAAAUAGCUUUCAGACUCAGAUAUCAAACUAUCCCACACAAAGUUCAUAUCAGACUCACAACAUUGCCCCAACAACAAGCUAUCAGACAGAGUUAGGCCUCCAAAAUCAUACAGGUUUCCGACCACCAAAUCCUAAUUAUCAAGCUCAAACUACUUAUGCAAAUCAAACUCCAUUACAAGCUACUAUGAACUCAGGUUUUCCACCGCAAACAGACACUCGCAGCACCCACCAAAAGCCAAGGCAGACGUCGCUGGCUGACCUUGAACACAAAGUCCCAACAAAUUAUGAAGUCAUUGCCAACCCCACCGUGGUCAUAUCCUCGGCAACUCCAGACACAGCCUUGAGCAGCACGACCGCAGCCAGCACUUUUGAUCAGUACAAGGCAGGAGAUGGAAGGCAAAAUGAGAGAGGUAAUGGAGCAGAAAGCCCCUCCAACAGUUACACAUCGGACUCCCUUUACACGAACCUGGAGCAAAACAUCCCCCGUAACUAUGUGAUGAUCGACGAUAUCAGUGAACUGACUAAAGAAAACCCGCCGGUAUCAGAAAGCCAAAAAGUCGAACCCCCUUCUCAGUCUCUUCAGCAGAAUAAUAAUGGCCGUCACACCAAGGAGAAGAACGGUCAUAUGGAAAGUGAUAACUUAAGCAAGCCAUGUUGUUAUUCUAGAGCAGAGGAAGAGUCGGAAGAGGAUGUGUAUGACCACCACAGUUCAGAUUAUCGUGGAAGAAACAACUAUCAACGUAGCGGUGACGGCAAUGGUCGAGAUCCUGUUGGUGGCUCUUACUACUAUGUAGAUAACGAUUCUCGACAUGCGUCACGGUUAGAUAAACAUGGUUCUAGUAUGGGAACGCCAAAACACCCCUCCAAAAAUCUGGCUCCAGCUGUUGUGUCAUCCAAGCGCAGCAAGCACAGAAAGCAGGGAAUGGAACAGAAAAUUUCUAAAUUUUCUCCAAUUGAGGAAGCUAAAGAUGUAGAAUCUGACCUGGCGGCUUCCUACCCAGCGACAACGUCAAUGAGCAACAGCAGCAGCGUGUCCUCGAGAGCAAAGAAACUUCAGGACGAGAUAACUUAUGGCCUAAAGAAAAAUGUGUACGAGCAGCAAAAGUAUUACGGGGUGUCCGGCAGAGACCUGGUAGAAGAAGACGAUAGAAUUUAUAGUAGUGGAAGCCGAUCAAGGUCAGCGUCCAGUUACGGGCUGGAGAAAUCAAGCCGGGAUUCAGGAAGCAGUAGGAGCAAAUCCUACGAAAGAGACUCCUCGGACCGCUAUCAUAAAUCAAGCGCCAAACCUUCUACGCUCACCAUGAGUCAGAGUCGGGGCCGAGCCCCAAUGCGAUCACAGGCUUCGGAGGAAGAAAGUCCUGUCAGCCCGCAGGGAAAGCCGGUGUCUCGAUCAGCUGCUGGAAUCCCCCAGCCCACGGGGGAUACUUGUCCCCAGUUCUGCUCCAGCCACUCACUGCCUGAUGUACAAGAUCAUGUCAAGGAAGUGCCAAGAAACCAUACCUACAAACAAGAAGAGAAUUACAUGAUGGACGAUUCACACUGCGUUGUGUCGGACAGUGAAGCCUAUCAUUUGGGUCAGGAGGAAACAGAUUGGUUUGAUAAACCAAGAGAAGCUCGUUCAGAGCGGUCCAGGUACCAUAGCAGCUACGCUUCGAUCCAGAAAAGAAUCCCGGUCAAACACACUUACCAUGAUUACGACGAGCCUCCGGAUGAGGAUAUGUGGCAACCUGAUGACUAUUCUCAGCCUCGCCAUUCGUCUUCUAAAGAGCUCAGACAUCACGGAGAUUCUGGAAGACAUUCUUCUUCCCGUCACGUAGACGAACAGCCAAGGCGAUCAUCUAAGCAACAUCCCAGGGACCAAGGGCGUCAUGAAUCACGAUCGCAUUCCCAACUAUCGUCGUCUUUGAAGAAGUCACAGCAGCCAGAUUCAAGAUCACAUGCCGGGUAUCCUCCAAGUUCUUCUGAGUAUUCACAGCAGUCAAGGCAAUCAUCCAGUUAUCACCACAGUUCAGAAGCUCAGAAGCCCCAACGGCAGACCCAAAUAUCUCAGCAGCAAAAGGCUGAUUCUCACCACCAGAUUCCACCGCAGACUAAACCGCCUCAGUCAGGCCAGCAGCAACAAACAAGACAGCAGCAGUCUCAGCAGCAAGGUUCAAGACAACAGCAGCAGAUGGGACCAUCACAACAACCUCUUCAUCAGCCAUCUUAUCAGCCGAGCUCCCAACAACCUCCUCAUCAGCCGAGCUCACAUCAGCCAUCUUAUCAGCCGAGCUCUCAACAAUCUUCCCAUCAGCCGAGCUCUCAACAAUCUUCCCAUCAGCCGAGCUCUCAACAAUCUUCCCAUCAGCCGAGCUCCCAACAACCUUCCCAUCAGCCGAGCUCACAUCAGCCAUCUUAUCAGCCGAGCUCACAACAAUCUUCCCAUCAGCCGAGCUCACAUCAGCCAUCUUAUCAGCAGAGCUCACAACAACCUUCCCAUCAGCCGAGCUCCCAACAACCUUCCCAUCAGCCGAGCUCCCAACAACCUUCCCAUCAGCCGAGCUCCCAACAACCUUCCCAUCAGCCGAGCUCCCAACAAUCUUCCCAUCAGCCGAGCUCUCAACAAUCUUCCCAUCAGCCGAGCUCCCAACAAUCAUCUCAUCAACCAUCUUCACACCAAACUCAGCCUCAGCAUCAACAAGGUUUGUCUCAACCAACAAGAGCACAGGGACAGCAACAGCAGCAAUCUGCGGGCCAGGGACUGCCGGCAUCUCGACAACAACAGCCGCAGCAGCAGCCUCAUCAGCAGCCGCCGCAGCAACAGCCGCCUCAGCAGCAGCCGCCUCAGCAACAGCCACAAGGAAGUCAAGGUCAGACGACCUCAAGAACACAACCGCAGCCGGGGCAAGCAGUAAAACCGACACAACCGACCUUGCAGCCCAGCGCUCUGUCAGCUGUGCCA